AUCAUUAGAUUGAACGAUGCAAAUGCCCCAUUUGCACCUGUGAUCGAAAAUACUUUUUCUGGUAUGACCUUUCCGAAAUCUGUUGGUCGUGUCCAAACCCCUGCUAAAGAAAAGAAUCCAAAAGACUCUGAUACCGAAGGCCAAGAGAAAGAAGACGCCCAAGAUAUACUCGAACCCUCCGACGCCAAACCCCCGGCUGCUGAUAGUCCAACUGAUCAACUCCCUGCCAGAAAUUGCUUCACUUUCCAAGCCUCCACAGAACAUCUGACAUCUGUAUCCCCAGUUUUUCAAAUAAUGCUCACUGGUCCCUGGAAAGAGAGUAGAAUACUUUCUGAGAGGGGAUCAGUUGAAGUGACUGCGAAGGAAUGGGACUCUCGUGCCUUUUUAAUUGUCCUUCGUCUCAUGCACGGUCAGCAUCGCGAAGUUCCACGAAAGGUGGAUCUUGAGAUGCUGGCCAAAGUUGCUGUGGUCGCGGACUAUUACGACUGCAAACAAGUCUUGAAUCCAGUCGCAGGCCUGUGGAUCUCGAAUCUGGAAAAAGUCCCCAAGACAUACUGCAGAGAUUUGAUACUCUGGGUGUGGAUCUCGUGGUUUUUCCAGCUCCCCUCUGAGUUCCAAAGAGCAACAGCAACUGUAAUCUCAAUGAGCGAGGACAUAAUUGACGGGCUAGACCUUCCAAUUCCUGGACUACUCAUCAGAAUCAUGAACAGAGAUAGACUGGACCUCAUCGAUAUCUUGAUCACCCUCCUUGACGCCACCUGCACAGAUGUUUGGAGAGAUGGUGAAGGUCAUAGCUUUGAGUGCAGGUCCAUGAUGUCCAGAGCUCUCUCAAAGCACAUGUUUUCAAAUGGUCUGCGUUCACCGAGACCUAUACAUCCCUUUCCAGGUUUAAGCUAUCAAAGUCUGAGGGCUAUGAUGGCUAAAUUGCAAUCACCGGAAUGGUCUCAAGCGUGCUUUUUCAAGAAAGACUAUGAAGCAAGCGCCGGUGAAACAAGCACUGGAUGCAUCCCGGCCUCUACUGCUUCUCACAGGUGCCCAAGCGAGAAGUCCUACUCUUUCUUUCCUGGCCAAAGUUUUUCGGCCAGAGGUUAUUCUUUAAGUCGUUUCAAAGGGCGGAGUCACCUUUAA